AUGGGUGACUUCUCUUCUGACCCCGACUUCAAGUACUUGUGGGUUGACCGCAAGAAGGUCAUGCAGGAAAUGGCCAACUUCGACGGCAAGAAGGCUUGCUGGGUCCCGGACGAGCAGGAAGGGUUUACUCGUGGUGAGAUCGUGUCCUCCAAGGGAGAUGAAAUCACUGUCAAGAUCCUCAGGAGCAACGAGAACAAGACGUUCCAGAAGGACCUCCUUCAGCAGGUGAACCCGCCCAAGUUCGAGCAGUGCGACGACAUGGCCAACAUGACCUACCUGAACGAGGCCUCUGUGCUUAACAAUCUCCGUGGUCGUUAUGUCAACGGUUUCAUCUACACGUACUCUGGUCUCUUCUGCGUGGCGGUGAACCCCUACCGUCGUCUGCCGAUCUACGUGGACUCAAUCAUUGCCAAGUACCGCGGCAAGAGGAAGAUGGAGAUGCCACCACACUUGUUCGCCGUCGCCGACAACGCUUUCCAGAACAUGUUGCAGGACCGCGAAAACCAGUCCUGUUUGAUUACUGGCGAGUCUGGUGCAGGUAAGACUGAGAACACCAAGAAGGUCAUCAUGUACUUCGCCAAGGUCGCCGCCGCCCAGUCAAAACAGGCCGGCGAGGAGCAAGCGGAUUCCAAGAAGGGCUCGCUCGAGGAUCAGAUUGUGCAGGCCAACCCUGUCCUCGAGGCGUACGGUAACGCCAAGACCACCCGUAACAACAACUCCUCGAGAUUCGGUAAAUUCAUCCGUAUCCACUUCGGACCUUCGGGAAAGAUCGCCGGAGCUGAUAUCGAGCAUUACCUCCUAGAAAAGUCACGUGUGACUUACCAGCAGUCGGCGGAGAGAAACUACCACAUUUUCUAUCAGAUGCUCACCAAUGUGUAUCCCAAGUACCAUGAGCUUUGCCUUGUGUCCCCCGACCCCGCUCUGUAUUCCUUCAUCAACCAGGGAGUGCUGGUGGUGGACGGUAUCGAUGACACCGUGGAAAUGAAGGCGACCGACGAAGCCUUCGACGUUCUCGGCUUCUCUCAGGAUGAGAAGAACAGCCUGUACAAGUGCACCGCCGCCAUCUUGCACUUCGGUGAGAUGAAGUGGAAACAGAACCCCAGAGAGGAACAGGCCGAGGCCGACGGUACCACUGAGGCCGAGAAGGUCGCCUUCCUUCUGGGCAUAAACAGCGGUGACCUGCUCAAGGGUCUGCUGAAACCCAAGAUCAAGGUCGGUACCGAGUUCGUCGUCCAGGGCCGUAACAAGGAACAGGUCGUCAACUCCGUCGGCGCCCUGGCCAAGUCCCUAUACGACCGCAUGUUCAACUGGCUAGUAAGGCGAGUCAACCAGACUCUAGACACAAAUGCCAAGAGAAACUACUACAUGGGUGUGCUCGACAUUGCUGGUUUCGAAAUCUUCGACUUCAACAGCUUUGAGCAGCUGUGCAUCAACUACACGAACGAGCGUCUACAGCAGUUCUUCAACCAUCACAUGUUCGUCCUCGAGCAGGAGGAGUACAAGAAGGAAGGCAUCCAGUGGGAAUUCAUUGACUUCGGCAUGGACCUGCAGGCCUGUAUCGAACUCAUCGAGAAGGCCAACUUCAACACACCAAUCACACACAUGUUUUUUUCGUUAUUCAAGCCCAUGGGUAUUUUGUCCAUCCUCGAGGAAGAAUGCAUGUUCCCGAAGGCCUCCGACAAGACGUUCGAGGACAAGCUGACCACAAACCACCUUGGCAAGUCCAAGGCCUUCGGCAAAGUCAACAAGAACCGCAAAGGUGGUGGAAACGCUCACUUUGAACUGGGUCACUACGCCGGAGCUGUGCCAUACAACAUCUCUGGCUGGCUCGACAAGAACAAGGAUCCACUGAACGAGACUGUCGUCGCUCUGCUCGGCGACUCGAAGGAACCACUUGUUGGUGUUCUCUUCGAGAAGCCUAAAGAGGAAGCAGGUGGUGGCAAGAAGAAGGGCAAGUCCAGCGCUUUCCAGACAAUCUCUGCCCUCCACAGAGAGUCAUUGAACAAGCUCAUGAAGAACUUGUACAACACCCACCCUCACUUCGUGCGUUGCAUCAUCCCUAACGAGUUGAAGACCCCUGGAUUGAUUGAUGCUGGUCUUGUUCUCAACCAGCUCCAGUGCAACGGUGUGCUUGAGGGUAUCCGUAUCUGCAGAAAGGGAUUUCCCAGCAGGGUCCUCUACGCUGAGUUCAAGCAGAGAUACUCCAUCCUGGCUCCUAACGCAAUCCCUACUGGGUUCGUAGACGGCAAGGUUGUGACCGAGAAGAUCCUGACCGCAAUCCAGGUCGACCCUAACGAGUACAAGAUCGGUAGCACCAAAGUGUUUUUCAAGGCUGGUGUCCUGGGUAACCUCGAAGACAUGCGCGAUGCUCGUCUCUCCGGAAUCGUUUCACUUUUCCAGGCCCACGUUAGAGGCUAUCUCAUGCGCAAACAGUGCAAGAAACUGAAAGACCAGAGGACCGCCCUGUCCAUGAUCCAGAGAAACAUCAGGAAAUGGAUGGUGCUUAGGAACUGGCAGUGGUGGAAACUGUACACCAAGGUCAAGCCUCUCCUUAACGCUGCUCGGGCUGAAGACGAGGUGAAGAAGAUGGAAGAAGAGUUUACCAAGACCAAGGAAGAGCUCGCCAAGGUUGAGAAGAUUAAGAAGGAACUCGAGGAACGCUGCGUUAAGCUACAGAGAGAAAAGGAGGAUGCUGUUCUUCAGCUUGCAGCUGAGGGCGAUACCCUCGGUGAUAUGGAGGAAACCAUUGAGAAUCUCACUAAGCAGAAGUUCGAGUAUGAGGCUCAGAUAAAGGAAAUGGAAAGCAGGAUGGCCGAGGAAGAAGGCAACGCUGGUCAGCUGAGUGCCCAGAAACAAGAACUGGAGGCACAGGCUGCCAAGCUUAAGGAAAACAUUGCAGGUCUUGAAGAUUCGCUCAAGAAGGCAGAACACGACCGUCAGGUAAAGGACAACCAGAUCAAGACACUGCAGGGUGAGAUGUCCCAGCAGGACGAGCAGAUUGGCAAGCUUACGAAGGAGAAGAAGGCACUUGAUGAUACCGUCAAGAAGACUCAGGACGCUCUGAAGGCUGAGGAAGAAAAGGUGAACAACCUCAACAAACUCAAGCAGAAGUUGGAGAGCACUCUUGAUGAGCUCGAGGACAAUCUUGAACGCGAGAAGAAGGUCCGUGCAGAUGUGGAAAAGGCUAAGAAGAAGUUGGAAGGGGACUUGGCUGACACCCAGGCCGCUGUUGAGGAAUUGGGACGCAUCAAGUCGGAUCUUGAGGGCAACAUCAAGAAAAAGGAGACCGAGAUUAAGAACCUGAGCCAGAAACUGGAAGAGGAGCAGGGCCUUGUAGCUCAACUCCAGAAAAAGAUCAGGGAUCUCCAGGCCCGCAUUGAAGAACUCGAAGAAGAGCUCGAGGCUGAAAGGCAGGCCAGGGCUAAGGCCGAGAAAGCGAAGAACGACCUCGCCAGGGAACUGGAAGAAUUGGCCGAGGCCCUUGAUGAGCAAGGUGGUCAGACAGCCGCCCAGGUUGAGCUCAACAAGAAGCGAGAGGCCGAGGUGCAGAAGCUGCGUCGCGAUCUGGAGGAACAGACCAUGCAGCAUGAGUCCACCAUCGCCGCUCUCCGCAAGAAGGCUCAGGACGCCAGUAAUGAGAUGGCCGACCAGAUCGACCAGCUGCAGAAGGUGAAAUCCAAGGUUGAAAAAGAGAAGGCUCAGCUGAAAUCUGAAAUUGCCGAUCUUCAAGACCAGGUCGUCAACGUCUCUAAGAAGGGCGGUAUGUCUGACAAGAUGAGCAAACAAGUGGAGGCCCAGAUCUCCGAUCUGAACAAUCAGCUCGACGAAAGCUCUCGCAAUAUCCAGGAACUGAACGCCACCAAGAGCCGCCUCAUUGCCGACAACGCCGAUAUUGUUCGCCAGCUCGAGGAGGCCGAGAGCCGGAUCCAGGCCCUUAACAGAGAGCGCUCCUCUCUGCUUGCUCAACUGGAGGAAGCUAAGCGCAAUGUUGAUGAUGAGAUUAGGGCUCGCCAGAAACUCGCCGGUGAGCUGCGCAACGCAUUGGCUGACAUGGACGCUCUUCGUGAACAACUAGAAGAGGAAUCCGAUGCCAAGACUGACCUCCAAAGACAGCUGUCUCGCGCCAACGCAGAGGCAAACGCCUGGCGCGUCAAGUACGAGAGCGAAGGCAUGGCUCGUGCUGAGGAACUGGAAGAAACCAGGCGCAAACUUUCUGCUAAAGCUCCAGGAAACCGAGUCCGCUCUCGACGCGGCUAA